AUGGAGAAGGUGUCGCCGAUGUGGAUCAUCACGGCACUCUGUGUAGUGCCUUUCGGCAUGUAUCAACUGCUCAACCUUCUUAGCCCGUUGAUGCAGCGGUUGACGGCUAUGAAGAUCUCAGCGAUAUACAUUUACCCCAUCAAGUCGCUGCGAGCCGUCAAGGUCACCGAAGCCAUUGCCACCGCUCAUGGUUUCAAGCACGAUCGCUCCUUCAUGCUCCUCCAAAAAACCGAAGAAGGCUACAAAAACAUGGCCGUAGCCAAAUACCCCGAAAUGACGCAAUUCCUCCAAGAAAUGUCCAACGACACCAUCACCAUCAGAUACAUCGCCUACGGCGACUCAUCAAAGGCAACAUCAAUUCAAAUCCCACUCGAACCCGACACAGAUAAGCUGUCCCCCAUCAACAUCGACAUGCACUCCAGCCCCACGUCCGCCUUCCUAAUGCCCCAAAAGUACAACGACUGGUUCACAUCCUGUUUCGGCUACCCAGUCAUCUUCGUCUACCUAGGCACCAACCGACGCACCGUCCAAUUCCAAGACAUGCAGCCCGCUGCACCCUCGCCACUAACCCGUUUUCUCUCCAAAUACGUCCCGUUCACUGCCUCCUACGUCGAGAAAGCAAUGGGUCUGCACAAGCCCUCAGCAGCCGAAUCCUGGAAGAUCACUUUCGCAGACUGCGCCCCGUAUCUCUUCUGCUACCAGAAGGUAUGA